GCGUUCACCUGGGUGGCUGUCUACUUCCGGGAAGGAGCCGUGGGCUCCGCUGAGGCGCGAGUGGCAGACGGGAGCCUCCGGAUUUCGUGGUGCGGAAGGCUGCAGCCGUAGGUUGGGAGCCUUGGAUUCUCCCUAACCCUGAGUUCUAAGACUGCCCAGUACAAUGACUCAGGCUGAGAUUAAACUGUGUUCUUUGAUGCUACAAGAGCAUUUUGGAGAGAUUGUAGAAAAAAUUGGAGUGCACCUAAUCAGAACUGGCAGCCAGCCACUGAGAGUAAUUGUCCAUGACACAGGAACAUCUCUGGAUCAGGUAAAAAAAGCACUUUGUGUCCUCAUCCAACAUAACCUGGUGAUAUAUCAAGUGCAUAAACGUGGCGUGGUUGAGUAUGAAGCCCAUUGCAGCCGGGUAUUACGAAUGCUUAGGUAUCCCCGCUACAUCUAUACUACCAAAGCACUUUAUGGUGACACUGGAGAGCUGAUUGUUGAGGAGCUGCUGUUGAAUGGCAAAAUGACAAUGUCAGCUGUCGUGAAGAAAGUGGCAGACCGACUCACAGAGACCGUGGAGGAUGGCAAAACCAUGGAUUAUGCUGAGGUAUCAAACACUUUUAUGCAACUGGCAGAUACACGAUUUGUACAGCGUUGCCCCAUGGUGCAUGCCCCUGAGAAUUCAGACACUCAGCCUCCACCGCCUGCCCCUAACCUUGUCAUUAAUGAAAAGGACAUGUACCUGGUUCCUAAACUGAGCUUGAUAGGGAAAGGUAAAAGGAGAAGAUCAUCUGACGAAGAUGCUGCUGGUGAGCCUGCGGCCAAGAGACCAAAACACCCCACAGAUAACAAAGAGCCCAUUCCAGAUGAUGGGAUUUAUUGGCAGGCCAACCUUGACAGAUUCCACCAACACUUCCGUGACCAAACCAUUGUGAGCGCAGUUGCGAACAGGAUGGACCAGACGAGCAGCGAGAUCGUGCGGGCCAUGCUUCGGAUGAGUGAGGUUACUACUUCCUCUGAUGCCCCCUUCACCCAGCCAUUAUCUUCCAAUGAGAUCUUCAGAUCCCUACCUGUUGGCUAUAACAUCUCCAAGCAAGUGCUUGACCAGUAUCUCACUCUGCUUGCAGAUGACCCACUAGAGUUUGUUGGAAAGUCUGGCGACAGUGGUGGAGGAAUGUAUGUCAUCAAUUUCUGUAAGGCAUUAGCAUCCCUAGCCACAGCCACUCUGGAGUCUGUCAUACAGGAGAGAUUUGGAUCUCGCUGUGCCAGAAUAUUCCGUCUGGUUUUGCAAAAGAAACACCUAGAACAGAAGCAAGUGGAGGACUUUGCAAUGAUUCCUGCAAAGGAGGCAAAGGAUAUGCUAUAUAAGAUGCUCUCAGAAAAUUUCAUAUCACUCCAGGAAAUUCCAAAAACACCGGACCAUGCCCCUUCCAGGACCUUCUAUUUAUACACUGUGAAUGUCCUGUCCGCUGCGCGAAUGUUGUUGCACAGGUGCUACAAGAGUGUGACCAACUUGAUAGAAAGGCGGCAGUUUGAAACCAAAGAGAACAAGCGUCUGCUCGAAAAGUCUCAGAGGGUAGAAGCCAUCAUUGCAUCUGUGCAAGCCACAGGUGCAGAGGAAGCACAGCUGCAAGAAAUAGAGGAGAUGAUCACAGCCCCUGAGCGUCAGCAGCUGGAGACCCUGAAGCGCAAUGUCAACAAGUUGGAUGCCAGUGAGAUCCAGGUAGACGAAACCAUCUUCCUGCUGGAGUCAUACAUUGAGAGCACCAUGAAGAGACAAUGACCCAGAAGAAGCAUCUUUCUCAGAAGACCUGGGGGGAUGGAAAGAGAAACAAAGGAGGUGCCUGGAUACAUUCUCUUCAGUAGAAGUUGCAGGCUCUUGUUCUGAAAUCCUCUCUCUGUCCCUACUGCUCAGUAUCCAGUUGAGAGAGUUUGAAACUGGGCCUGGUGGUGACUGCCUAUAAUCCCAGCACUCUGGAAGGCUGUAGCAGGAAGAUCGUGGGGAACUUAGUGACCUAGUAAGACCUUCUUGCAAAUUAAAAGAUAAAACGGAUAAAAAAGUUGAGUAUGGAACAGCCAGGGAUGUAGCUCAGUGGCACUGCACCUGCCUGCCAAGUGCAAGGUCCUGAGUUCGAUCCCCAGUACUGAGGGAAAAAAAGUUGCGGAUGGAAGGAGUUAAAAGCAUCAUACAACAGCAAUAUAUGCAUACCUGUGUUUAUAGCAGCACAGCUUACAACAGCUUAAUCUUCAAAACAGCCCAAAUGCCCAUCAGCUGAUGAAUGGAUAAAAAAGAUGUGUUUUUUUAUACAAUGGAAUACUGUGCCAUAAAGGAUUAACUUGAACCUGAGACAUUUCUAGCUAAAUGGAUGCACCUUGAGACUAUACUCUCAAGUGACAUAAAUUGGACAUAUAUAUUUAAAUGCUGCAUUGUUUCUCUGGUGUGAGAAAUUGAAAGUGUAAUUGAGGACUAAAAUGUAUAAUAGAUGUUGGGAAACGGGAAAAAAUGUGCAAAUGGGA